UGCAAGGCAGCGAAACAUUAAAUUUGACGUCGUGCGAUAAAUCCACAUUUGACUGUUUGCUUUUCCUUUCGUUCAAUCCUUACUCUACCCCUCAUUAUUUUUAAUUGAAAUAUUCCCUUUCAAUUUCCCAUGGGCGGAGAUUUUUCACUUGGCAUUUUUUUCUGUUGUCAAAUCUACGUGUCAGAGCUUCGUUCAACUGCACUAGUUAUAUGCCGCGGAAAAUAUAUAACGAAAUCGAUGACAAAAAAGAGUACAGUAAACACUCUCCCUCCGGUAUAUAGCUAUUUACGUUUAGAUUUGCGAAAUUGGAUGAUGGUAAAGAACUGCAGAACAACAGUCAAAAUCACCCUUUUAUUCAUUCCUGGGGGAAAUAAAUGGUAAAUUGAGAUGAUGAUUUGCUAUGAUUUGGGUGGCCGUUCUACCUGGAAUGAAUACCUACUAAUCUCUCGAUGGAACUGAGAGAAGAGGAGUUUAGACUAUGGUUAUAGUUAGUAUACAGAAUGACUGCUGUUAUAAGUAGUUAUAUAUUUGCUCGUACUAAUUGACAGGAAAGUCAGCGAUUCCUAUAGUUCUCCUGUCCGUUCUCCCUAAUGGACCUCGUGUUUCCGCCCGUCGUUUAAACCCGGCCUCCCGCUUUUUGUUCAACUUUGUUCAACCACCGGGCGUUCUCCAUUCUGUUCACGCAUUUACCUACUUAAAUGUUCCAUUAAUCCCUCCCGCCCGUCACCCGUCCUUCUUAUUUCCUCAUUUGACUUGCACGGCUUUAGACUUCAAAUUCGCCUAAUGAACGUCAUGUCAUUUCCACAUAGUUCUCUCUCUCUUUUCUACAGUGUUAUUCUAUAGUGACAUUUAAUAAACAUUAAGAUGGAUUUAUUUUAGUUUAUUAUUCUCCUUUUUCCGUCUUCUGAGCAUAUUUACACUUUCAAACACUGAAAAGAGCCAACAUUUUUCCAUAAGUAGAAGAUGAACACUGAUUUCUGACGCAAGCACUGAAAAACUUGAGCUUAAUUGAUUAUAGUUGCACUUCAUUAUGUAGAGUUAUUUGCCGCAUAAUUAGCGUUUACAAAAUUUUACAUCAGCAAUGUUUGACCUAAUGCACUGAGAUUUUCAAUUUCGUCAUUAUCCGCAGCAGACAGCUCAGAAGCCAACGGGACGCCGACCAUUUGGAGAUGACAGAAACUAUUUCAUUGGAUUGCUGAUCAAUUUUUAGCCCACCGCCGACCAGCCAAGAGUUCGUCUUAAAUUGGGUUUAUGUUAUACAAUCCCAUAGCUUCAAUCAGGGAGAAAAAUAAAGCAGAGUACAUUAUUGUUAGAUUGCUAAGUCUACAUUUGCCCGCAAUUUUAACCCUCAAUAUUCCCUUUUUUAACUAAAGUCAUUCAAAGCCCUCUAAAAUAACAGGGAAAAUUUAGUAAUCAGAAGGCCUAAAUAAAUUCAGCUCCUUUUAGUGAAAAGAGCAGUGAUUUCAAGUCUGAAUAAAAAAUUAGUUAAGAUGUCUUAACGAGCGAAAAAUUUUGAGCUAGAGUUUCAAGUUACUUUUGCCCAGCGUCCCAUUUCUGUCCAAUGCAUACAAAUACUUAGUUUCACCUCAAAUACUUACCAACCAGUGUUAUCUUUCCGUAACUCGAUAAAAAAAAUUAUCCACAUUUGUAAAUGAAAAUUACCUUAAAAGGAAACAAAGAUCUAUCUACCUUUGACGGAAUCAGCAGCUUUAGGUUUAAAAUUAGAAUAAAAAACAACCAGUUCUUUUUUUUUUGCAAUUUGCUGCAUGAAAAUGUACCUACUAAACUGAAAUUCUGAUUUCCCUUUUGAUUUCCGUCAAGAUUGAUUUAUAUUAGUUAGCAUUUGUCGCAUUCCUGGUACAGCCUUGGGCUCAUAGUUAUAAAUCUAUUUUCCAAUUUGCUUUCCUAGUUCUCAUUGAAGACGGAAUUGGCUGAGAAACUUUGUGAUGUCUUGCGCAAACUGACGUUUAAUUUAUAACUCCUUCACAUUAUCUGCCCAUAACAUGUUCCUAUAUACCCUGAGGUGGUGUACACUUAAACACACCAUAUUUUACUCCCCCAAGAGCCCUGCGUCACCACCCGUGAAUUAUUAACCCGUGAAAUUGCUUUUUUCACACUUGGUCGGCUAUUUUUGCUGAGAAGCUGUUGCAAACUGUAAAAAAUUGAGAUGAUUCAAGCAUCCACCUCGCUCUCGGUUUCCGAGCAGAGUCGGACCAACUUUGCGUCUCGGCCUCUAAUUGUGACGCCGAAGAGUAUUCCCGAUUUCAUGAUUCCGGAUCUGAACUCGACUAAAACCCCCGUCAGUCCUACAUCGUCUAUCACUUCUCAAAAGACAUUGCACGACCACUCAAGGAGCCCGUCGUCGCCUCAGACCCGCAGGCACUCCAGUUUUGCCACUACGCAACCGGGAGAGCUGAACAUAGAGUACUACCCCUUAACACACCUGCCCACUUCUGAACACCACUUCGGGGGGCAGGGAGGAGGAGGAAUGGUGGAGUGUUCUUUUCAGACAAGUGGUCACGUGACUUCAUUACCGGCCGAUCCUCAAAUUGGGGCUAAAGGGGGAGCACAAGUUCAACCGACAGAUUACUCGGGGGGCCUGCUAAAUGUGAAAGAUGCCGGUCAGUUGUAUGUACGGCGACACAGCUGGGAUAGCCGAAAAACUGCUCAGCAGAAAACUAUGCCCAAUAUCAAAAUAUGCGUCUCACAAGUCGGACCAAGUCGUGAGUCAUCCAAGACUGGAAGCAAGCAGAGUGUCGUGGAUGUCAUUGUGCCUGGCGAUUCGCCCCGGAACAGCAUGUCAGCGGGCGGUGCCUCAGGAUCGAACUCGGGCGGGGCCGGUGGUGGAAGUGGAAAUCAGGCUUGUCCGAGCUCUUCUAGUAGGAGAGACUCAAGACGCGUGUCAAAUGUUUCCAACUACUUCGAGAGUGCGUGUCGCAACAAGAAAUCGAUGAGGCGUCGCCGCAAGAGUACCUCAACCACCCGCGCCCUGUCUUCCGUGGACCUCUCCUGUUGCGGCUGUAGUGGGGGUGGCCAUGGCGGCGGUGACCAAGGGAGCAUCAACUCCUUCGGGGAGCUCAACUCCCCUUCCUCUUCUCCACAACAAGGAGACAAGAACCAGCUGGUGAACGGACCCAAUGCCAGAAAGAUCAGCAUGUUUGAACCAGGACAUGUCGGUAAGACCCUUAGCGGAUUUCUCAGUCCGUUCCGGUGCAGUUCCGGUACCAACAACACUCUGGCUGCUGCCCACCAGUUCUGCUCGCUCCAGAAACUGCCCUCUGGUUCCAGCUCCCAGUGCUGUUCGGCCUGCAGCAGUCGGCGCUCCUCCUUCGACCCGCCCAGCCCCGAAUUGGGCUUCGUGGAGGUUGAGGCACUUUGGAGCAGGGAGUCCAUGAAACUAACAGUCAACGUCCUAAAUGCCUGGGAUGUUGAUGCACCCUUCCAAGGAAAACUACUUCCAAAUGACAAUUUUGUGUUCAAACUGUCUCUGAGGUCGGCCAAACCAGUCCAGCAGCAGAAACAAGAGAGCACUCCCUUCACAAAUAUCAAGGACCCCUCGUUCAACCAAAAGUUCACCUUUUACGCCAUCACCGAAGACAUGCUUAGCAACUCUUCUAUCAAGCUCAAAUUUAUGGCCAAAUCUAACGCCUUGAGGAGAAAAAAAGUGCUGUCACAUUGUGACCUGAAGAUGGACUCGCUUCAAGACAACAAAGUCACCAAGUUUUGGCUGGCCUUGGAGGAACAAACAGUGAUGAAGACGAUUGGAACUUUGAACUUUUCGCUUCGCUUCACUCGUGACGGCACCUUGCAGUUGUCAAAUAUGAGCGCUCAGGACCUACCAAAGAAAGUUCUCAAGACCAGCACAGGCACAUAUCUCACGAUAAUCUUCGAAGACAAAGAAAAAACGAAAACAUUAGCGACGGGGGGACCUAUGGUUCACAAGACCUCCAUCGUUCUCAACUCGGCCAGCCCACAAUUCAUAGAAAACUACAACUUCAGAUUCUCACCGCGUAAUGUACACGACUGUACUCUGGAAAUUUCGCUUCAUCAGAAGUGCAAGCUGAGAAGUGACCUGCUUGUCGGCCAAGUGAGACUCGGAUUGAAUUCUACAGAAGUGUCCGAAUUCGAACACUGGACUUCGGUCAUUUCCAAUCCAGGCGUCACCCAGGAGCAAACUCAUUUUCUCAUGGAGCCAGAUGUAACUUAGCGCAUCAGAUGUCAUAAAACAUUUUUAGAGAAAAAUUGGUCUUUCCAUGAAAAAUGGUCUAUAUAUUUAGAAUUGGUUAAUGAUUUUCCGAAAAGCAAAUUAUUUUUCUGUUUCCAGGCAUGA